CUUUUUGUGAAUAUGACAAUGGCUUACUACAGUGCAAUUCUCUCAUCGUCAUGCCUCUUCUGGAUUCUCUCUUUCUCUCUUGUGUCUCCCCAGGAUUUGCCAUUAAAAGCUGCAAGUCUUGGGAACUGGCUUCUCAUAGAGGGAUGGAUGAAACCUUCCCUCUUUGAUGGAAUUCCCAACAAGGAUCUUCUGGAUGGAACACAUGUGCAAUUUAUGUCCAUAGAGCAGAAAAAAUAUCUCUGUGCAGAUAAUGGAGGUGGGAAAAGCUUGAUUUUAUGUGGAAGCUCAGAAUCUAAUUGGGAAACUUUCAGGUUGUGGAGAAUCAAUGAGACGUUUUUCAGCUUGAGAGUGUCCAAUAAGCAAUUUGUUGGCCUAGAAAAUGAAGGCGAAGGAGACAAACUAGUAGCAGUGUCAACAUCACCAAAAUCGUCAGAGAUAUUUCAGAUUGUAAGGGAAGAAGGCAAUAAUUAUCAAGUUCGCCUCCAAGCAUCUAACGGGCAAUUUGUUCAGGUGAAAUCAGAUACAGAGAUUACUGCAGAUGGUAAUGGCUCAAGUUGGGAUGAUAACGAUCCAUCUGUCUUCAACAUGACAAUUGGUAGUAGCUUACAAGGAGAAUAUCAACUGACAAAUGGUUAUGGUCCAGAUAAAGCCCCUCAAGUUAUGAAGGAUCAUCGGAACACUUACAUCACCGAGGAGGAUUUCAACUUCAUGUCACAAAAUGGCAUCAAUGCUGUGAGAAUCCCAGUUGGGUGGUGGAUUAUGUACGAUCCCAAUCCACCGAAGCCUUUCAUCGGAGGCUCAUUGGAGGCCUUAGACAAUGCUUUCAAAUGGAGUGAGAAAUACAAGUUAAAGGUGAUUGUAGAUUUGCAUGCGCUGCGAGUUUCCCAAAACGGCUAUGCUCACAGCGCAACAAGAGAUGGCUUUCAGGAAUGGGGUAGUUCAAAUAUACAAGAGACUGUAGAUGUCAUAGAUUUUCUUGCCAAAAGAUACGCUACUCAACCGAGUCUUGUGGCCAUUGAGUUGAUGAAUGAGCCACUUUCCCCUGGUAUCAAUUUAGAUGACCUUAAGAAAUUUUACAAAGAUGGUUAUGAUGCUGUGAGGAAAUACACCAAAGACGCUUAUGUGAUCUUUUCAAAUCGAUUGGGAGGUGACUUGAAGGAACUGAUCUCAUUUUCGAGCAAUUUUGGUCGAGUAGUCAUUGAUUUCCAUAUGUAUAAUCUCUUCUGGGAGGGCUUCAACAGCAUGACUGUACAGCAAAAUAUUGAUUUCAUUUAUAAUAACAGAGCUUCCGCUAUCAAAUCUGUCUCAGACCAGGGCCCUCUAGUUUUCAUUGGUGAAUGGACAUGUGAAUGGAAAGUAAAAAAUGCAUCAAAAGAGGAUUAUCAGAGAUUUGCAAACGCAGAACUAGAUGUGUUUGGGCGGGCCAGUUUUGGUUGGGCGUAUUGGGCGUACAAGUGUGACUCAAAUCACUGGAGUCUAAAAUGGAUGAUUGAAAAUGGCUUCAUAAGCCUAAGCUAGAGGCCUUCUUUUCCGACAGUUCUUCAAAGAAGGCUGAAGUUUGGGGGUCUUAUUUUUAAGAUUCCUCAAUUGAUAUUCUUCUGAUUUUCAAGCUAAGCCGAUUCAUUAGGUAAUGUCAACUGUCUCCUAAUAAUUCAAUCAGACUAUAUAAUUCUUAAAGGCUGAUUGAAUAAUUGAUUUGAACGAAAGGUGAUGUGCUUCUUGCUUUAUAAUUUGGUAAAACUGUAUUUAGAAAUUAAAGGAAGAAGGAGAAGAAAAAGAAAUUACUGCUUUUAGAAGAUUCAUCUCCUUUAUUCUUCAAAAUGUAUUCUUCAAAAUGUAUUGAUCUGUCCUUUCUGAAUUCUGAAGUAUCUCUUUUUUAUUUCUUGUGGAAGAAAUGGAAAAAUUAGAUCUCUUAUC